AUGUUGUGGUCUUAUAGCUUAGCCACAGUCCUCUCCUUUUUGGUGUUCCUUGUUUACAGAGCACUCUGGAACCAGCACAGACGACCUACCCCGUUCCCUCCAGGUCCGCCUGCGGAUCCAUUAAUUGGCAAUCUUCGGUCCUUUCCUGCCAACGACACGCCCGCGGGUCUCACGAAAUUGGCCAGGAAAUACGGUGACGUGAUGUACUUCAACAUCUUGGGAAAAUCACUCGUCGUUCUUAGCAGUCAUGAAGCCGCAUCGGACCUGUUGGAAAAGCGGAGUGCAAUAUAUAGCAGCCGUCCACCGUCCACCGUCCAUGAGAUGAUUGGGUGGACAGACAUGCUCGGAUUCCUGCCUUACGGGGAGCAAUUUCACAAGCAGCGCAAGCUCUUCCGACAGGCGUUCACGAAGCAAGGCUGUGUCGUAUUUCGGCCGAGUCAGCUGUCUCAGGCCCAUGUGCUGCUGAAGAAAGUUCUGCUGGACCCAGAGCAUCUCGACGAUCACGUGCGACGAUUUGCUACUGCAGUUAUCAUGGAGAUAGCGUACGGGCACAAAAUCACUUCCGAUGACGACCCUUACGUCUGCAUGAUGGAGAAAACAACCAGCAUUUCCACAGAAGCAGGCAACUCUCUGACUAUUCUCGACUUCUUCCCUUCACUCAAAUACCUGCCGAGAUGGUUUCCGGGGAACUGGUUCGGUCGCCUCGCAAAAGAUGCGGCGCCGUUUGUUCAGCACAUGCGGAACAUGCCAUUCGAGCGGGUGCGCCAACAGAUGGCAAGUGCUGCUGGAAAUGCCACCCCCAGCUUCACGUCAAUGCAUAUUGAGGAACUAGAACGGACAGGAGGAGCAAGCCUUGAGGAUUUGCAGGCUGUAAAAGUUGCUUCGGUGCAGAUGUACGGGGCUGGAGCACAUGCAACAUGGUCAUCACUCCUAUCUAUUAUUGCGAUGCUGCUUCUCCAUCCCGAGGUUCAGCGUAAGGCGCAGGAUGAGCUGGACGGAGUUCUCGGGGGGAAGAGGUUACCCGACUUCAAUGAUCGUGAGUCACUUCCCUACCUCGAGGCCGUCAUCCAGGAGACGGUGAGGUGGCAUCCGAAUGCCCAGCUUGGUUUGCCACACAGUAGCACCGCGGACGACGUAUACCGAGGCAUGUACAUUCCCAAGGAUGCUAUAGUCCUUUUCAACAACGCCGCGAUGUCCAUGGACGACAGGGUGUACAGCAACCCUGCCGAAUUCCGGCCCGAACGCUUCCUCUCGCCUGAGCCUGAGCGGUCGCCCGUGAAUAUCAAUUUUGGCUGGGGACGCAGGAUAUGCCCGGGGCGGUAUCUGGGCGACGCCAGCGUCUGGAUUGCCAUCGCAUCGUUCCUUACCGCUUUCGAGAUCGUACCGGCAAAGGACGGCAAGGGACAAGACAUCAUCCCCGAGCUCGAUUGGCUCCCUGGCCUUACGUGCCACCCUGCGCCAUUCCCCCGUGUGAUACGACCGCGUUCAAGCAAUGCGGUACAGCUUGUCGCUCAGCUCUGA